ACCCCCCCACCCCAACCAUGACCGAACCCAAAGACCCCGAAGGCUGGCAACAAGUCCAAGAAGCCCAACCCGAGAACCUCGGCGCGGCCCUCGACGACAUCUUCAAAAUGGACACCGGCCUCGACAGUCUCUCCCGCAACGUCGACAACAAACGCCGCUCCGUCACCUUCCAGAGCCGCGAGCUCGAAGCCCUCGAGGCGCAACUGCGCGCCGCGGAAGAGCGGUUGCAGAAGGCAGGUUUGGGCCCCUCGUCCGCCUCACCGCCCGCGCGACCUGUCGCAAGGGAAAUACAGGCGCAGAUUCUACAACGACCGGAGACGGUAUCGGAGGAGGAAGAGGAGGAGGAGUCGAGUGAGGAGGAAGUCGGGAAGCCGGUCAGGAGAGACGAGGCCGAGAGUGAGGAAGAGGAAGAGAGCGAGGAAGAGGACGAAAGCGAGGAGGACGAAUCGGAGAGCGACGAUGAGCACGCGCCCGUCACCUCCCGGGUACCGCUUCGCAAACCCCCGGCGCAACCACACAGUCUGUCCACCCCGUCCACCGAGCAACGCGUUUGUUGACUGACGCGCUAGAGACCUCGUCCACCGUGAGCAGCGAGUUCGAGCUGGUUGAUGCGCCGCAUGCGCGCGAGAACGGGAAGAACACGAAGUCUCCGGGCUGAGGAUACGGGGGAGGAUGCGAGCUGGGGGGAUGGGGUUCGGACCGGUCGUUCUUGAAUCACUGCUGAUGCGUGCGGUGGGUCGCGGGAAUGGGUGUCGACGCUGCGUGGGUGCAUUGCGAUGCUGUUGGGAGUUCCCUGGUGGAAUUACUGCUGCUAGGUCGACACGGACAGGCUACAUAGGUACAGACAUACAGAUAUGCUUCGGUUCUUCGACAUUGUUUGAUCACUAACCACAUGUAAUUUCUAAUACCCGGCAUUCCAUGCCUCUCCUU